AUGCCCGAAACCAUUCUUGUAACCGGUGCUAAUUCCUUCAUUGGUGGCUGGAUUAUCAAAUAUCUUCUCGAUAAAGGUUACAAUAUUCGUGGAACAAUUCGAUCAAAAGCCAAAGAGUCUCGAAUUCUUGAUGGAAUUCCGAACGAUCAGCAAUGUCGAAUUUCAUUCGUAUAUAUUAAUGAUAUCACGACUGAUUCGUUUGAUGAAGCUGUUCAAGGCGUUGAUGGUAUAAUUCAUGUUGCUUCACCAGUGCAGUUGGCACUUACGGAUCCAGAAAAAGAUUUUCUCUUACCAGCAAUUAAUGGAACUAUGGGAGUUCUACAAGCUGCUCAUAAAUACAAUCAAAAUCAUCUUGCUAAAAUUAAAAGAAUCGUAAUUACAUCGUCAUUUGCUGCAGUUUUCGAUCCAAACAAAGGAGUUCAACGUGACUAUUCCUACACUGAAAAAGAUUGGUGUCCAUUCACUUACGUAGAUGGAGUAGCUGCAAAAAAUGAUCGUGCUACAGUUUAUCGAGCAUCGAAAACAUGUGCCGAACGUGUUGCAUGGGACUUUCUUGAUAAAGAAAAGCCUUCUUUUACUAUUGCAACCAUUUGUGCGCCAAUGGUAUUUGGUCCACGUACCAAUGGUUUCAAUUCAUUGGAUGACAUGAAUAGUUCGAAUUCGCUUAUCUGGUCACUGAUUACAAGUGAUAAGCAUGCUAAAAUGCCAGAAACAAAACUGCCAUUUGAAAUUGACGUGAGAGAUGUGGCUUAUACACAUGUGGCAGCUUUAGAACGGUUCACUGAUACGAGCCAACGGUACAUAAUAGCAGCAGAAACUUGGAGUUAUCAAACAAUAGCGGAUAUCAUUCAUGAAAGCUUGCUCAUCCCAGAAAGCAUUAAGAAUACAACACCAAUUGGUACAAAAAGUGAACAACUGCCGCAUUAUUGCACACUCGAUAGUUCCAAAGCGCAAAAUGAUUUGGGCGUUACGUACGUUCCAUUGAGGAAGACAACCGAAGAUUUAAUUCUCCAGUUCGUCAAACUAAAGGAAAAACUAGCACAUGAAUGA